CAGAAAGUCAAACGUCCAGAGUGAGGCACAUCACUUUCAAAUCUUUGAACUAUGCCAAAAGCAAUAGUUUGGUUAAUUACCAGGUGCUUUUUCAUCUGCCUGGCUGCAUUGUCGUUUUCUAAAGCCUAUAGUGAUUAUGGGAGUCCCUCGGGGUCAAGGUUGAUUCGCUUCCACUCAAGGUCCUGUGGUAUCUGAAGUGUCUGAAAGAGUCCUUUGUGGGAUCCACAGACUCAACCACAGGGGACGAUAAUACAGGGACAGAUGACGACAGUUUUCCCAGUUGGAUGGAAUAUUCCUACAAUAGUAAUGAUCCUUGUCUUUCAAACCCUUGCCAGAACCAGGGAACCUGUGAAACAACUGCUUCAGGUUUCAACUGCCGAUGUCCUCGUCCAUUCAAUGGAAAAAGGUGCCAGAGAGUGAAUGAUCCUUGCAAGAAAAACACAUGCAAAAAUGGAGAGUGCAUUAUCCAGCCCAACCCCCCAUAUUACAAGUGUAAAUGCAAACACCCAUAUGUACUCCCUGGAUGCAAAAAAGCAACAGCACUAUGUAACCCUAAUCCUUGUAAAAAUGGAGGUACAUGCAAAGCUGGGAAGAAAAAAUCCUUCACCUGUAACUGUCCUGGAUCAUUCAGAGGAGAGCUGUGUGAAAUCGCACCAAAUGAAUGUUACCAGGGUAAUGGCGUGUCAUAUAGAGGUCGUGUGAAACAAACUGAACAGGGGAGGAAGUGCCUAUACUGGAGCUCUCACCUGCUACUCAAAGAAGCUAUUGGUACUCACAUGCAAAAUCCCAGCAAAUAUGGCAUUGGUGAUCACAAUUAUUGCAGAAAUCCUGAUGGUGAUGAAAAACCUUGGUGUUAUUUUAAGGACAAGCAUGAUAAAUUAAGUUGGGAUCAUUGUGACAUAUCUCAAUGCACUGCGGCAUCUGGACCACAAUCCAAUCGGGCAACAACCAAACCUGGACCACGAUCUACUCCGCCUACAUCUACCACUUCAUCAUUCCAAUGUGGAAUGCCAGAGGUUGGAAAUGUCACAUUCAGAAUCUUUGGAGGAAGAAGAACAGUACCUGGAAAAUAUCCAUGGCAGGUAUCUCUACAGCUGAAGAACCGCAUUGGGCUCUAUAAACCAGGACAUCUAUGUGGUGGAACAUUGAUUAAACCUUGUUGGGUUCUCACUGCUGCGCACUGCAUCGUUGCACAGGCACAGCCAAAAGAUUUCCGCUUACAGCUUGGUAAACAAGAUCUUCAAAAAGAGGAAACACAUCAACAGAACUUUGAUGUCGAAAAUGUUAUUGUCCAUGAUAAUUAUCAAGAAACCUCUGUGGGAUUAUAUAAUGAUAUUGCUUUGGUGAAGAUUAAACCUGUCAAUGGUCACUGUGCCAAGGAAACUAAAUACAUAAAAACUGCAUGUUUGCCAGAGAGUGAUUUUCAGGCAGGCACUGAGUGCCACAUUUCAGGAUGGGGACAGACAGAAACAGAGGCAUCGUCCAAUCAGUUGUUGCACACAAAGGUGAGAGUGAUAGCUGAUCAGCGCUGUAAGGACCCUGAGUCAUAUGGAAGUGCUAUCAAUCACACCAUGUUUUGUGCAGGAAGUCUAGAUGGAAGUGUGGAUUCAUGUCAGGGUGACUCUGGAGGACCACUGACUUGUUUGAAAAAUGGACGCUACCAAGUCUAUGGAAUAGUGAGCUGGGGAGAUCGUUGUGGAGUGAAGAAUAAACCUGGUGUAUAUGCUCGUGUCACUGCAUUCCUUAACUGGAUUAAAGCACGAGCUACCUAAGUGUGUUAACACGGGAUUAUUGUGGAACAUAAAAAGAAGUUUGACACUGGUACUUAAAUAUACAUUAUUUCUGGAGAAACUGCAUUAAGGACAUUAAAAUAUGUCAUUACCACAAUGACAAUAAGAUCACUUAUACCAUCUUGAUAUCAGUUCUAAUUUUGAUUAGCAUUAAUUAUGCAUUCCUGUAAUAUUGUUCAUCAUUAUGGAGAAGUAUAACUGUAAUCCUUUUUUUGUGAUUGCAUUUAUAAAAUGCCUUUGAUUUUGACCUAUAGUAUAAUUUUGAUCUGCAACACUCGCAAAGCUUGUCAUGUUAUUUCAUAUUUUAAUAAACAAAUCAGAACUACAGACUUUCUUACAUA